AUGCUGGAAGAAGCAAAUAUGAGAGCCGAUAAGCUGUUGGGUCAGCUGCUACCGGCAUGUGUUGCCAGUGAGUUGAAGCUAGGGAAACCAGUUCCCCCAAAGAUGUAUUCCUCAGCAACUAUACUUUUUAGCGAUAUUGUCGGUUUCACUGAGCUAUGCCAAACUGCCUCUCCCUUGGAAGUAGUCAAUGUUCUCAAUGGAGUAUUUGAUGGUUUUGAUCAGUUCAUUGCAAGAAGGGACGCAUACAAGGUGAGAUCUUCUGGUUUCUUAGCGUAA